AUGAAUUCUACGAGCACGUACGGUUUAUCAUGUAAAAAUUGUUCGGCUGAUUUUAAUAACAGUUUGGUUUUAUGGAGAAAACAUAUAUUUUCGGAUGAACAUACGAAAAGAAUUGUACAAUUAAAAAAUAAAGCAUUACCUCGAUCACCGCUGGAAAUAUUGUUAUUUGUUGCACGUUUUAAUCGAAUCGAAUUAUUCACAGAUAUAUUUCGUAUUGGUUUUAAACGCGUUUCAAACAACAUUAAAGAACAAUAUGAAGGUAUUUUGUAUAUUUAUGGAAGAAGUUAUCGUGCUAUUGGUAAAACAAAACAAGCAAUUCGACAAAAAUUAGCUCAACAUGUAUUAGAUCAAAAUGUUCUAAAACUACCAAAGGAAAAUUAUUACUUUUAUAAAAAAUUACCAGAUGCUUAUAUUCGACGUCAUACAUUAUUUGAAUUAGAUGAAGCUACAAUAAAGCGUUUUGGACAUAUACCUUCAGUAUUAGGAAAACGAAUUCAACGUCGAUCUCAGCUAGUUGUAUCAAAACUAUAUGAUUCAGAAAUCAACGAGAAUGAGCACGAUCAAGUAUUAUCGCAAUGCAAGUUAUUAGUAAAUGAUAUGCUAAUAAGUGUUAGUCAAAAAGAACAUAAACGUCUAUUUCAAUAUUAUCAAAGAUUAGCUCAUCAAACAAUGUCGGAUAAAACGAAUGGAUUUUAUUGUGAUUUAUGUAAAGCAUUUUUUCUUAAAGAAAAUUCAUUAUUAACACAUCUUGAAAUGAAAUGUCAUCAUCGUCAAGAAUCAAAAUUAAGUUUAAAUUCAUUAUCGACACGCUAUCGUUGUGCACAAUUAAUUGAAAUAUACACCGGUCAUAAUCCAAUGACAGAAAAUGAGAUAAAAGAAAUUGACAUUAUCAAUGAUUUUUAUCGUUCAGCACCAUAUUUUAGAGAUCAAUCUCUCUAUCAUGAUCCAUUGUGUAAUAAAUAUUUUAUCGAUUUAUACAGAUUACAAAAGCAUAUUAAUUCCGAUGAACAUAUGGAGAAGAUGAAAGAACGACAAGUUACACAUUCAGAUAUGCCCAAAUUAGAAGCAAAAUUUGUUGUCUAUUAUCGUUUACCAAAAUGUGUUCGUUUGAAAUAUAGUACAUUUGAUUUAGUUCCAAAUUAUGUGUUACAAAAGUAUCAUAUUCAACCAUCAAGUAUUAUUGAUAUUAUGUCUGAACAAUGUCGAACAUUGCAACGAUUCAAAACCAGACAGCAACAGUAUGUUUUACCUUAUAAAAAAUUAAAGCUUGAACCUCAAACAACAAUAACAACGGCGACCGUCAUCAUUCCAACGUCAACAGUAAAUACUGUUAUUUCCAACGAAGACGACGAAAGAAAAACGAAUACAAAACAAAAACACAAAAAUUGUAUGAAUGAAGUUAAAGUUGGCCAUAAUAAAUCAUUGACAUUAUCGUCACCGCCUUUGAAUCGUAAUCAAACAAAGUCUAUAAAUAUUCAACAUCAGUCUUCAUCACCGAAUAAUGUUCAUCUACUCAAUGGUAAAGUAAAUGGCGACAGUGUAACGUUUCGUCCCCAACUAUAUUCACAGCAGCAAUCAUUAUUACAAUCACAAAAUCAUUAUUAUAACAAUCCAUAUUCUCCAACACCUCCUGCAUCAACUGAUAUAAUGUAUUCACAUUUCCAACAACAGAGUCAUCCGUAUCGUGCACCUUAUUAUCAACAACAUUCAUUACUUUAUCCAGUGAAUAAUUAUGUUACAGAUACUUCAUUGAUCAGUCCACCGAUAUCGCCUUAUAUUUCUUCCUUAUGUCAAUCGUCAAAUCACAAUUCCUCUAUCCAACCGCCAUUGAAUUACUAUCAACAAUCUCAUUGUCUCUAUUUUCAACCAACGUAUUCCUCUCCAACACCAUCUAUAAUUGUUGAACAAGAACCGAUAACAAAUUCUCAGCAACCAAUAUUACCACGAGUAGACAAUGAUGAGAUUGAAUUUUUUCGUUUACAGUGGAAAAUUGAAGAUCAUCUAAUACGAGCUAAAGCAACAUUAGAUAGUAAAAAACGUUAUCGUUCUAGUUCAUCAUCUUCUUCUUGUAACUCUUCUUCUCAUUCUUCACAUUCUGCCUGUCAUCGAAGUUUACAUCAAUCUUAUCGCCAUAAAUUGAAAAGAAAGUCACGAUCACGUGAACAAUCUUCUAAUCGAAGAAAUUAUUCGAAAGAACUACAAGACGAAGUAAAGUCGCAAACUCAAUCAAGAACACGAGAUUCUGAUUCGGUUAAAAGACGGCAUUAUUCUGAUGUAAAAAGAAGAGAGUCAUUAUCAAGAACAAUUGCAAAACAUUCCGAACAUCAUUCCAAUACACCGCCAGCUAUGCCGUCUUUAUCAGAAUUACCAACGCCAAUCAAAUUAUCAUCUUCAAAAUCGCGUGCAAACGAAUUAAUUGAUGUAUUAGCGGAUUUAAUUGAGCAAAAAUCAUGUACAACGAACAAUGAACGAAAAACGGGGACGGGUUCACAUUUAACAAUACAAAAUCCGUCACUAAAAUUCCCACUUUGUUUUUAUCCAUUUUCUGAUUUGUGCUAUGAAACGAACAAUGAAACAAAACAAAUAUUUAAAUUUGCUGCUGUCCACUUUUCUUAUAAAGUACCUGCUACUUGUGUUGAAAUUAAACAAAAUAAUUAUCUUAAUUCCUCUCUGACUGAGAUUUAGAGCCGUAUAUUAAAUCACAUUUAUCAAAUAGACGUAAUAAUAAUUAACAUUGAAAACUCACUUGCUUUUGUGUAAUUCUACACGUUUGGUGCCUGUCAGAUGCGUGUUCAGAGU